AUGGCGGCAGGCGCGGCUGGACCACCAGUCGACGACUUGAUCAGUAGAACUGUCUCCAUCGAUCCAUUCUGGCCGUCCAGCACUGGAUCCCAAUAUAACGACUCCACCAACUCUCCUUCUGCAUAUCUUUCCGUCGCACUUCCCUCCCCGUCAGCAGGCUCGACUCUGUCCCAGACACUCGCAUCAGCAUCCUCUCACUGGGAUCAGCUGAUCAGCGACACCUGCAAGCCGUCUCAAGCGGAAGCCAUCUUUUUCCUGCGCUCUGACGCCGACUCUCUGCCAAUCGCUUCCACAUUGAAUGCAGCUUCAGCAAGGAAUGAUGAACACGCUGGAUCAUCUUCGCAUACCAACGUCGACUCGCCGCACACCACCGCAAUGAUCUUCAGCUCUCCGCCUCAAAUCAAGGACGGUCGAGAAGCUGCUUCUGCGCGCCCGGCUCGUUCGGGCAGACCGACCCUGACUCGACUCAAUACAUCUGAGAUGCUGCGUUCGCAAACCACCAAUGCUACGCAGCCCGCUCCAAUUCGACCCAGUCCGAAUCGCAGAUCUCCCACCGCCUUGAAACUUCAGUUGGAUACUUCGGUCCCACGCAGGUCCGCCACGCUCAGCAGCUAUUCUCAUGCCAUCAAGUCGGAUCAUACGAGCAGACUGCAGCCUCCGCUUUCCUCGAAUUCGUCAUCGAGUCCGGUCCGUGUGAUGGCUGGGAGCAGCACCGCAAAUCCUUCAGAAUGCGCCACAUCCGCCGCAUCGGGCGUCACAGCUAACGCCGAGUCAUACGCGCCCUUCAAGUUCGAAGUCUCGACUAUCCUACCAGACUUCCUCUACCUCGGACCAGAUAUUCAAGCCGAGCGAAAUGUCGCGCAGCUACAGUCCAUGGGCAUUCGUCGGAUCCUCAACGUAGCGUGCGAGUGCGAAGAAGCCGGUUCGUUGGGGCUUAAAGAUCGCUUCGAGCGCUACCUCAAGAUUCCCAUGAUGGACAACGUCGAGGCGAAAGGCGUGCAGAACAGCAUCGAGCAAGCAUGCACGUUCCUCGACGAUGCACGUUUGCGAUGCGAGCCGGUCUACGUCCACUGCAAGGCGGGCAAAUCGCGCUCCGUCACCAUCGUCAUUGCGUACCUGAUCCAUGCACUCGGUUGGACGCUGAAGCGGUCCUACUCGCACGUCACGGAAAGGCGAGCGGCCAUCUGCCCGAACAUCGGCUUUGUGGCCGAGUUGAUGCGAUUUGAAGAGAUCAAGCUCGGGAUCGCCCGAUCGACCGGCAUCCACGGCGACUCCGACGACAGUAUCCCGACGUCAGAUUCGACGCUUCCGACCUGGACUUCUAGCAAGAGCAGCGAGCUGAAUGGUGUUGAUGCAGCGGCGUCGAUGUCUACGCCCGUGCUUACGCGGCAGGAACCUCGCAGGGAUCGUGACAGCAGCGUCAGUUCCAAACCCGGAGUCACGCUUUCGCAGUCGUCGCCCGACCUUCCCUCUUUGACGUUCGGCAGCACGUCGUGA